AUGGAUCCCAAACCCCCGAGCGGUGUUGAUGUAUCGCGGCCCUCAGUUGCCCGUAUGUACGAUGUCUAUCUCAGCGGAAAACACAACUAUCCUGCAGACAGGGCUGCUGUUGCAGCGGUCGUGGAAGCAUACCCAAGGACCAUCGAAGUUAUUGUGGAAGCUCGUCACUUUUUGCGCCGUGCUGUGCGGUACAUGUGUUUCCGUGGAAUCGACCAAUUCAUUGAUAUGGGCUCGGGAUUGCCCAGUGCAGAUAACACGCAUCAGGUGGCCCAGAGGGUAAACCCAAACGCUCGUGUCGUCUAUGUGGAUAUCGAUGAUGUCGCUGUUGCCUUUGGUCAGCAGAUGCUUAAUGGAGAUCCCAAAACGGCAUUUAUACAAGGAUCAGUUCUAGAGCUGGAGCCGAUCUUGAACCACCCAAAGACCCGAAAGCUGAUUGACUUUUCGAAGCCAGUGGGCGUACUCAUGAUGGGACUGCUACAUUUCUUCUCUAUUGACAUCGAUCGCGCCAUUCUCAAAGACUUGCGGGACAAUCUUGCUUCGGGCAGUCUUCUUAGCCUUUCUCAUACAAUCUCAAAUUUCCUCACUGAAGAAGAAAUUCGACAGGUGCUUGCUGUGUAUGCAAAGACGCCGACGCCUUUGAUCAUUCGAGACAUCAGCCUAGUGGAGCAAAUCACGCAAGGAUAUUCUGUUGUCGAACCCGGUCUCGUCUCCAUGCAUAAGUGGAAGAUGGAUAUAGCCGAAGAAGGAGAGCCUGAAGCUCCGCAGACUUCUGCCAUGGUUGGGGUUGUUUUACGCACAUAG